AUGAACGGCCACGAUGCGUUCUCGCGGCGUGCCGCCAGACGCGACGCGUAUUAUACAGGGACUGACAUAUCUGCGGCCUUCCAUUCCGGAACAUGCUUUCUCGCGGCAUUACCUCCCGCCGCAUCUCCCGUUCCCUGGCGCGAGCGGGACGCGGACGCGGCGGCGGCGGAGACGGACAUGAGAUGGGCUGUUGCGCGAUUCGCGGCGUCCCCUCGCACUCCUACCGCUACCACUAGGAAUAGUACUACUACGGUUACCGCCACGAAUCAGGGCGCGCGCAGGGGGUCACCGCGACAGCCGGCGGAAAGAGCGGCGCUUCGCGCAGCAGCGGAGAAUCGGCAGACGCUCGUGUCGACUGCGCGGGGGUCUCCGCGGAAGGCGGCGGAAAAAGUAUCGCCCGCAACAAGGAAGGGUGACCCGCAGCCGCCGCUUCGCGCAGAAGCGGAGAAUCCGCGGACGCUUGAGUCGCCGGCGCGGAGAUCUCCGCGACAGGUGGCGGAAAAAGUGUCUCCCACAGCACGGGCAGGUGACCCGCAGCCGCCGUCUGAGUCGGCCGGAAGGCGAGCAGCGCGGGGGGCAUCAUCGCAGCAAUGCGGCGGCGAGAGGAGGAAGGAGAGGGCGGAGGAGAGGAGGUCGCUGGAUUCGUGUGACUUGCUGAAAAGGCCAGCCGUUGUGGCAGCGAGGGGUUGGUCUCCCCAAGCAUCGUGUGGCGGGAAAGAGCGGGAGAAGAAAGGGAAGUUGAAUGAUAACCUCCUGAAGGAGCAGGGGAUUCUUGAAGGUGCAUCCUUCGGUAAGGGAAGGUCGCCGGUGGUAGGUAGCAGCGCGCGAGCCAAGGAGCGGGAGAAGCGGGAAUUGACGGAAAACCUUCUGAAGGAGUUUUUUGAGGGAGCACCGAGUGGUGUUGGAGGAGUUGGCAUUGGGGGAGAAUGUUCUGGCAAGGGAAGGCCGCCCAUUGUCGGUAGCAGCGCGAGGGCGCACAGCAGGAAGACUAUCGGGUCACUGGCAGAGCUGCGACAGCUGGAAAUGACGGAGCAUGGGCCGCAGCUGGCGCAGCACGGGCGGCAAUUAACGGAGCAUGAUGGGCGGCGGCAGCAGCACAAGGAGCGGGCGAAGAGGGGUAACAGCGGGCCUUUGCGCGUGUCUCCCUCCGCGCAUGCCCAGCGGAGGCGCAACAGGAGCAUGGGGGAUGAUGCAGUGAAUUUUGACGCCGCGCCUGUGAGUCUACCCAAGAGUCGCCUAGGGAAUGCAGCUGCUGCAUCGCAUGGAAUUGACGGGGAUGCAGCACGGGCAAGCGACGAGGAGGGUGAUAGAACUCGCACUGGUAACCGCAUAGCGUCUCGCGCGUCAUCCGUCCUUCCCUCGGCAGACAAUCAGGCAAACAAGUGCCGCAGUGUUUCUCCCCCGAAGCAACCCCGCCCGGCCGCCUCGCAUCCUCGCUCAGAGCACUCGUUGGCAGGUUGA